CUACUCAGACAGAAACGCACAGCAGAGCAACCGAGAGCGACUCUUCUGACUAAAGCCAACUCAACCGCCUUUUACGCACACACAUAUCUUAGGUAAAGCAGUCCGCGCACACGGGUUUAACCAUGAUUAAGAAAAUGUCGCCCCCAGAGAGCGACUUUGACAUCCCAGCGAAGAACUGCUACAGGAUGGUGAUUUUGGGAUCCACCAAAGUUGGGAAAACGGCCAUCGUGUCUCGGUUCCUGAACGGGAGGUUCGAAGAGCAGUACACGCCGACCAUCGAGGACUUUCACAGGAAACUGUACAGCAUCAAGGGAGACGUAUACCAGCUAGACAUACUGGAUACAUCAGGGAACCACCCUUUCCCCGCCAUGAGGAGACUAUCCAUACUGACAGGUGACGUGUUCAUCCUCGUCUUCAGCCUGGACAAUCGUGACUCCUUCCAGGAGGUGCAGCGGCUCAAGCGGCAGAUCUAUGAGACCAAGUCGUGCCUGAAAAACAAGAUCAAAGAGAACAUCGACGUGCCUCUGGUCAUCUGCGGCAACAAGGGAGACAGAGAGUUUUACCGGGAGGUGCAGCAGGAGGAGAUCGAGCAGCUGGUGGCCGGGGACGACAAGUGCGCCUACUUCGAAAUCUCCGCCAAGCGCAACGAGAACGUGGAUAAGAUGUUUCAGACUCUGUUUACCUUGGCCAAACUACCUCACGAAAUGAGCCCCGACCUUCACCGGAAAGUGUCCGUGCAGUACUGCGACAUGCUGCACAGAAAGUCUCUGAAAAACAAGAAGCUGAAGGACAUUGGGGAAGCGUACGGUGUGGUCACUCCAUGCGCCCGGAGACCCAGCGUGCACAGCGACCUCAUGUACAUUAAAGAGAAGGCGAUAGGAGGCGGCCAGGGCAAAGACAAAGAGAGAUGUGUGAUCAGCUAAACGGACCGCGAGGCAGCAAACGCAACACGAAAUCUUUGAAAGAAGAACGAGCCUGGUGCGUCAGCUUGAGGAGCGACCUGUGCGGCCGACUGCGCUCAAACUGACACGGGAGAUGCGGAGACGCCGGGGCCGCCGCUGCCGCGCGCGCGCGCGCGCCCUCUGACUCGAGACGCGAGUCCGCAACAAACCACUCAACAACAAAAAAAUAAAUAAAAUAAAAACAUUGCCCACGAGACAUUUGAGAAUGUUAGCUUGUUCUGUCAGUCAGAGCCCAAUGUGUGACGUGGCUUCAUACCUUGUGAGACUCGCGCAUCGAUGCGUACAAUGUGUUUUAUUGACGUCAUGCCUUUUUUAGAGGAGAGAGAAAAGAGACUCUUGGCUCAGGAGGUGCAAUGAUGGGGGGGAAAUAAUGUUGUUUACAUCUUAUCAUAGAUUUUAUAAUGGCUAAUUACAUUUCAAUGUUUCGUUGCAAAACUAUUUUUUAUGGUGAAUGUAUAUUUAUUGUCAAUGUCAAUUUUUGCAAACAAGUCAAAGAAUCUCAAUAUAAUAAAACAAAAAAACAAACUAAAACUUA